AUGAAAUGGGGCCAGGUGGAGGAAAUCGUCAUGAAUGUGUCUCAGGGAAAAUUCGAUGAUAUGGAUAUCGCUGCUAGUCGAGACACAUCCACCAGCCAGGCGAGGUCGAUUCCGAACCCCGUUCCCCUCUCAACCACCAUGUCCAUCCCUCAUAAUAACAUCACAUACAUGGGUAUUCAUAACAACAAGACUCGCGCCGCACAAAAGCUGAGCAAGACAUCCAGCAGGAGCCAGCCUGCGCUGUUGAGUUGA